UCUCUCGCCGACCUUACGCCAGCCGGGCUUCGCUCUGCGCCCCGCACAGGCCCCGCCUCUUCCCUUUGCGCGCGCGCGGUUGCCUGCAGACCCGGAAGCGGGUUUCGUGGAGCGGUGGCCAGUCUGUGGAGUGAUUGAAUUCCCAAGCCUGAUCCUGCCUGAGGAAGAAUCCUGGAAAGGGAGGAAGAGCAAAGGAAAGGAGUCGGGAAUGGCCGUCUGUCAGGGAUGGUUGACCUUCAGGGAUGUGGCCAUAGAGUUCUCUCAGGAGGAGUGGGAGUGCCUGGACCCCGCUCAGAGGGCCUUGUACAGGGACGUGAUGCUGGAGAACUACAGGAACCUGGUCUCCUUGGCUCUCUCUCCCAAAUGUGUGAUCAAGGAACUACCACCAAAAGAAAACAGUAAUACAGGGGAAGUAUUGCAGACAGUUAUAUUGGAAAGACACGAAAGCCGUGACGCCGAAGAUUGUGGCUUCAGAGAAAUCCAGAAAAGUUUUCACGACUCUGAGUGUCAGCGGAGAGACGGUGAAAGAAAUUACGAAGGUGUGCUCGUGACCCUUAACAAAAACCUGACUGGUAGAAGAGACGCAGGAAAUGAGCCGAUUGAAAACAGGUCUGGACUAAGCUUUCAGUCACGUCUGGCUGGCGUGCAGAUACUUCAGACUGAAGGGAAAGUUUACGAAUGUCACCAAGUGGCGAGGUCUGUCAACGAUAGUGCCUCAGUUUCACUACUUCACACAAUUCUUCCAAGAGUCCCGACCAACGUCUCUAAUGAACGUGGGGAUGAUCCCUUGCGUUCUUCAUUACUCACACAAGACCAGAAAGCGCGCAUCAGGGAAGAACCUUACACACGUGAGGAGUGUGACAAAGCAGUGAAUCCCGGUCUACACCCCACUAGACGUCAGGCAAUCCAGACAGGAGAGAAACCGUAUAAAUGUGACAUAUGUGGGAAGGUCUUCAGUCGCAACUCGCACCUCGUACGUCAUCACAGAAUUCACACCGGAGAGAAACCUUACCACUGCAAUGAGUGUGGCAGGGCCUUCAGUGAGUGUUCAGGUCUUACGAGCCAUCAGGUGAUCCAUACGGGAGAGAAGCCUUACAAGUGUAAUGAGUGUGGCAAGGUCUUCAGUCAGAGCUCAGGCCUGGUGAGUCACCGAAGAAUUCACACGGGAGAGAAGCCUUACAAGUGCAACGAAUGUGGCAAAGCCUUUACCUACGGCUCACAGCUCACUAACCACCAGGUAAUCCAUACCGGUGUGAAACCCUACAAAUGUAACGAGUGUGGCAAAGCCUUUAAUCAGAGCUCACAUCUCACUAGACAUCAAAUAAUCCACACGGGAGAGAAACAUUACAAGUGUGACGAAUGCGGGAAGGUCUUCAGUUACGAUUCACACCUUGCGCGGCAUCGCAGGACUCAUUCUGGAGAGAAGCCUUACCAGUGCCAUGAGUGUGGCAGAGCCUUUACUAUGCUGUCGAGCCUUACUUACCAUCAGGUGAUCCAUACUAGAGAGAAACCUUACAAAUGUAAUGAAUGCGGCAAGGUCUUCAGUCAGAGUUCAAGCCUGCCUAGUCAUCGGAGAAUUCAUACUGGAGAGAAACCUUACCAGUGUGAUCAGUGUGGCAGAUCGUUCAUUCAACGCUCCAACCUCACUAGACACCAGAUGAUCCAUACUGGAGAGAAACCUUAUAAAUGUAGUCAUUGUGGCAAGGUCUUCACUCAGAAUUCAAGCCUUGUAAGCCAUCAGAGAAUUCAUACCGGGGAGUAAUCUGACGAACGUAGGGAGUGUGACAACGCAUUUGAUUUGAAGUUCAAGCAUGAGUCGGCAUCAGAGAGCCCACGCUGAAGAGAAAUCACAUAAAUGUAACGUGUGCGGCAGAGGACUUACACAGGCUUCGCAACUCACUAGACAUCGGGAUCUACAUCUCUGAUAAAACCACAUUAAUGUAAUGUGCAUGCUAAGGCUUCUACCCAUGGGUCAAAACUACAAAACAUCACAGGGCCCACACCGGAGAGCAGCCUUACAAAUGUAAUGAAUCUGAGAGGGCUUUUUGUCAAACAUCCUGCCUUUGAUGUCUUUGAUGACAGAGCGUGAGCGGGGGAGGGGCAGAGUGAAAGGGAGACACGGAAUCUGAAGUAGGUUCCAGGCACUGAGCUGUCAGCACGGAGCCCGACGCGGGGCUCGAACCCACGGACUGCAAGACCGUGACCUGAGCCGAAGUCGGAUGCUCAACAGACUGAGCCACCCAGGUGCCCUCAGAGAGUUUCUAUGAGGAGUAAAAUAAUGAAAUCUCAAGUUCUCUAAAGUGAGAUACCGAAAUAGUACACACCACAGGAUAAUUGUUUUUUUCAAAAUACCACAGAAUAAAGUCAAAAUGUGUUAAAACUCCAGAUGGGAAGAUAGAUAACACAGAGAUAGAGCAAAGGUAUAUGGAUACUGAGGAUAAUGUUCUAUGGAAUCUCUUCUGGUUUAAAGUAUUAUUGUUUUACAUUUCACAUUUAAAGCUAUGAUCAUUUUUGAGCUAAUAUUCGUACAGGUAUGAAGUUUUUGUGGAGUUGUUUUGUUUUUUUUUUAAUUCUCUUCAUUUAGUUUCCUUGGUACCUUUGUCCAAGCUCAAUUGGAAGUACUUGUGUGGGGCCAUUUCUGGGUUCUCUGUUCUUUUCCAUUGAUUUAUUUGUGUCUCACUCCACGAAUACAAUGUAGUUUUGAUUACUUUUUACUAUAUUAGAAAUCUUGCAUGAAUGAUUCUGACCACUUUAUUCUUUUUCAGAUGCUCUAGCUAUUCUAGUUCCUUUGCCUUUCUUUAUAAAUUUUAGAAUAAUCUUGUUUGUAUUGUAGAAAAUACCUUGAUAGAAAUUACAUUAACCUGUCUAUCAAUUUGUAAUCGUUUGACAUCAUUUCUAUGUUGUAUCUUCCAGUAAAUGGCUGUGGUAGGUCUCUAUUUGUGUAAACUUUUAUAGAUUUUAGCAUCAAAAUCCUGUUAAUGUUUUUGUUAGAUUAACAUUUGUUUGUACUUUUUCCUUUUUGAGCAAUUGUACAUAUAAUUGUAUUUUUAAUUUCAGUUUCCAUGUGUUAACUGCUACUGCAUUGAAGUAAUAUAGAUUUUUUUAAUGUCAA